UCAUUCACUGGCCGCAGAUCAGACCGAUCAGACACUGGAGUCUGCGACUAUACCGUCUAAACCGCGGGUGUCCGCCGCGCUCCGGGGGAAGCGGACAUCACCACUGCUGAAUUUCAAUUGCACACUGUCAUUCUCCGUUGCUUGACUAUCUUCGAGUGAGUUCCUGAAACUCAGAGAUGAGGACGCAACAUUUCUGAAUAGAAAAACCGUAAUGACCGUAAAUGAAGCAUCGGACAAUGGACAGCUGAGGGCUAGUUGGACCUGGACUUUUUCCAUGCGGUCUUUUUGCGCGGUGGGCUUUUUCGUGCCAAGGAAACCUAUUGAGAAGUCCAGAGGGUCCGGGCGCGCUGUGUGCGCUGCGAAACUGCCCGGGUUUGUUUGAUUCACAAAGCGCAACUUGGCCAAGUGGACUACAGAGACUUCUGCGCUGCGUAAUUUGGAUACGAGACAAAAUGCUGGCCAGGAUCACUUUCAUUUGCCUCUUCUUUGCUGCUGCCAGUUCUGGAGACACCGAAGCCAGGGUAUCUUACGGUGGAGCUUGCGAAUCUUUGUGUACCUGCGAAGAGAAAGAGGGACAGUUAUACAUGAACUGUGAGGAGAGAAACAUAAGCAAAAUAUCUCAGGUGCAGGUGCCAGCAAAUAAGUCUUUCCAUCUAAACCUGUACAAAAACGACCUGGUAGAGUUGCGUGCAGAGGAUAUGGAUGCUUUCCAGAAAGCUUCGACCUUGCAUCUUGGCGCCAACAGCAUACAAGAGCUGGAACCUGGCGUCUUCAGUUCACUGGGCUUUUUGAAAAAGCUUCACAUCAACAGCAAUUUCCUGGUCAUGUUAAAGGAGGACACAUUUCAAGGCCUGGUCAGUUUGGAAUACCUUCAGGCCGACACGAACUUCAUCCAGGUUGUGGAGCCCGGGGCCUUCAGCACGCUCGUCCGUCUUAAAGUUCUGAUCCUCAACGACAACUCCAUCGAGUUCCUUCCCGCAAACAUUUUCCGCUUCGUGCCUCUGACCCAUUUGGAUCUGAGAGGGAACAAGCUGCAGACGCUGCCCUACGUGGGUUUCCUGGAGCACAUUGGUCGGAUUAUGGAGCUCUUGCUGGAGGACAACGCCUGGGUGUGCGAUUGUGAAAUCUUACAUUUGAAGGUCUGGAUCGAGAACAUGCGGGCGCAGUCGUCCAUUGGCGAUGUGAUUUGCAACAGCCCCCGUCAUCUUAAGGGCACCCCGUUGGCCAAGGUGAAAAGGGACGUGCUUUGCCCCUUCCAUGCUGGCAUCAACCUGGAGGAGCCGUCCAAGUCCUUAGACAUGGUUGUCACCCCAUCCACCAAGGUUGUUCAGAUCCCUAAAGCAAAAGAUGACGCACAGAUCCCCACACCUGCCAAUGGUCAAGGGACAUUCUGCGUGUCGACAUGCUCCUGUCACAAUCACCCGAGCGCAGGUUUUUUAGUGCACUGUGAGGACCGAGGCAUUCAAAGGAUAUCUGAUCUAGGUGUUUUUGAACAAAGCCCCACCAAGCUGGUUUUAACUGGGAAUUUGAUACAAAGACUUUUGAAAUAUGAUUUAGUGACGUAUGACAGGUUGGAAUUGCUCAAUUUGGCAAACAACCAAAUAGACUACAUAGACAAUGAAACCUUUCUGAGUUUGAGCAGUCUGAGAAAGCUGUACCUCAAUGGGAACCGAAUGGAGAAGAUUUCCGCAACGAUAUUUCUCGGCCUUCAUAACCUGGAAUAUUUGUAUUUGGAGUACAAUUUAAUCAAAGAGAUCGAGGCGGGGUCCUUUAACCCCUUGACCAAUCUCAAGCUUCUUUUCCUGAACAACAAUCUGCUCAACGCUCUCCCUGGCCAGAUCUUUCGGAACGUGCCCCUGUUAAAGUUGAACCUACGUAAGAAUUUUUUUAUGCACCUGCCCGUUAGCAACGUGCUGGACCAGCUCAAUUAUCUGGAGCAGAUUUACCUUGAGGACAACCCCUGGGACUGUAGUUGUGACUUAGUUAGCCUCAAGCAGUGGGGGGAAAAGCUCAACAAGGACACCGUGGUGGGUUCCAUCUUAUGCCACACACCUAGAAAGCUUUCUAGCAUUGAGCUCAGAAACAUCAAGCAUGAUGUCCUCUGUCCUGGUUUGGUCACCUAUUACUCAUUACCUGGAGCGACGGAGAACAGUGUUCCAGUCACGAUCGCCCCAGAAGGUGGAACCAGCGGCUUUUUUCGCUCUCUGACUGAUGCAGUGCCACUCUCUGUGCUUAUCCUGUGUCUUCUCAUCCUUCUCCUGAUCAUCAUAUUCUGUUCUGCCGGCAUCGUAGUCUUUGUGCUGCACCGUCGGCGAAGGAAAGCCAAGAAGAAGCAGGCGGAGGAGCAGCCGCGCGAGAGCAGUCCCAUCCACCUGCAUUACAGCAUGUACGGCCAUAAGACCACCCACCACGUCACUGAGAGGCAAGGAACCGGCAUGUAUGACGAAGCUGGCCGUAGCCCGAUCAUUCAGGUCUGCAGGAACCCCAGUUACUGCUCACAGCACAAAGAAUAUGAGCUAGAUGAAUACGACGCUGAGAAGCCCAAGCACAUUUGCCCUAGAAUCCUCGACAAGGAGAGCGAAUCACUCCUCACGGGAGCCAAAAUGAAGUUCAGGGCCGUUACCGAUUACCCCGCCGAGUUUGGGAGUUUGGGAGACGCGACCUCCUUGUACAAGAACAUCUUGGAAAGGGAACGCGAGCUCCAGCAGCUCAGCCUCACGGAAUACCUCAGGAAAAACAUAUCACAUCUUCAGUCACCCGUUGACGUGCAAGUCCCCAACCAUCACCAAGAGCUAAAACUGAUGGAGAGGCUGGUGUACGCAAGGCCAAGGAAGGUCAUGGUGGAACAGACUAAAAACGAAUACUUUGAACUCAAAGCCAACUUACAUGCAGAGCCAGACUAUUUAGAAGUCUUAGAGCACCAAACAUCUUUCAACUGAGUUGAGGACACUGUUACAAUACACCCCAUACUACAAGUGCCUUAGAGCGAAAGAAAACUAUUUUUACGAGGGCACAAUGUCUCAUUUCAGGUCGUGCUUGGAUUCAUAGCGUUUAUACUGUUGGACAGUGAAGCAGUUGGAUUAUACUUUGCAACAACAUUUAGCGCAAUGAAUGAUGGCGUGAUGUUUUGUCUUUGGACGAGAUUGGCUUUUCUCGAGUUCAUGAUACCCAAACAUUCAUUGUGCAGUGGAAAUACUGCGUUUUCUUUGUUUGCUACAUCGUAGAUAAGAAUAUCAUAGAUGCACUUCACAAUUCUCUAUGCGACCGAAUUAAAGCUCUGUUUAUCUGUAGAAAAGAAAAGACGAAAAACUAAAGAAAAUGAUUUUCGUCAGACAGAACCAUAAAUGCUAGUCGUGACAGUCCCUCAUAGGUUGUGAUUUCAAAGUGCCCAACACAGUUUUCGCUCAUUAAAUAUUAAACUAAACCGCGCCGGGUAACGUUUCGACCGCGAGGUCAGACUUUACGAUCAGCCGCCGCGGCCCGUUUAUCGUGCCUGAAAUUGGCCUCUCACCUGGAACCCUCCGUGUAGCUAAAGAGUUUGUUCAGAAAUGAUAUCGUAUAAACCCACUUGCUCAUGUUUCAAAUAUGCGCAGAAACUCUGUUGGGCGUGCUUGGAGAAACGGAGAAAAGAAUUGCACUACUUAAAAUACCAUUUAAAGGUGGUUGAUGACAAUCAGAUGUUGUGAUGCAGCACAGACUAUAACACUUUUCUCUUGAAUACCCGGGGAGUGUAGCUUCUGCUUUGUAUAAUAAUGUUGUUUAAAAGUUCCGUUCAUAUACACAUCAUAUCCGAUUCUUUUCUUUGGGCAUGACAGUUGUGCAGUGUGUUUUAUCUUCAUUAUCUGACAGAAGAGAGAAUUAUAUGUAUAUAUAUACAGUAUAUGUAUAUUGAGAAAAUAUGCACACAAGCUGUUGUGUCGAGCCUUGAAAUGUUUUAUUGUAUGGAAGAGCACCAUAGCUUUAUUUUGUACCAGUGUAGAUGAGAGUUAUUUAUUCUGUAUAUUUGUACAUAAGUUAACAUUUAUAUGUUUGUGCCUUUAAUGUGGUACCGAUUAAGCUGUAAAUAAAAACAAAAUGAAUCGAAUGCAUUGCAAUAUUAUACCCCACACAAUCCAAAAAGUACACUGUCUGACCGCGUGAAGGCAAAAACAUUUGGAAAAAUACUAACAAUGAAGAUAAAUCUCUCUGAUGCUAAUAAUACAAAAUAAUAUAAUAUUACCUGUUUGUUUCUACAUUGUUGCUGUCACACCAUAGGACGCAUGUACGGUAUAUUUGUCAACUACCUAAAUAUCUGUGGUGUGCAUAAUUCAUCAUGUGAGAUCUACUAGAAAUAUUGAUAUGUGAUAAAAUAAAAUAUCAACAGUCUUUUUAAAAAGAAGAAAUUUGUGUUUAAAAAUGUUUAUUUUUAAUGUGUUAAAGGUCUGAAAGUUCAUCUGUUAAUUGGUAGAUGGACAGAUUGCAUGACUUGCCCUCAUGCAGAACUAUGCAGAUUGAAGUUAAAAUGUGAUCCAGACUACAUCAAUACUGUUUAGAUUUGGCACUGUGUUGAUGUAAGAUCUGGGCUCGGACACAAAACCAACUGAGACGUUUUGUAACUUUAAUUUGUAAACAAAGUGUCUGUUCUCCUAAACAUUUAAAAAAAGCAGCUUAUGUUUUAAAAUGUUCAUUUCUGAACCGGUGACAAAGAUGAUUCAAUCAGUAUAAACUAUAAAGUUGUAAAGCGUAUCCAGCUGUUCCGACAUCUAAAUGACUAUGUCAGCGGUGAGUUUGUGAACUUGACAGCUUGCUUUGCCACAACACAACUCUGUCAGAUCUUUGUUUUUCAAAAGAGUGCACAGGUAACAAACGACAAGGCAGACGGUUUCUUUUCAUCCGCUCUGCUCUUGCAUCUUCCUCGUUUCCCUCCUCGAGCCAUCAUAUAUAAUAAUCUCCUGAGAAGCUGGAAGUCACCCGGGCAUGUGGAAAACAGCAUUACGACAAAACAUCCGACUUGUGACAGCUCGAUGCAACUUCCAGCAAAGUGCAAUCCAGCAUUCGGCGUUUCUUUUUUUAAGUAUGCACAUUUUUGUGGUGUGAUUGUUUCACCGAGACCCACCGAACGUUGUUCUGUCUGGUACAUGUGUAACAAUAUGGCACGCACUUGAACAAUGCGACCGUAGUGAUAAACGGAGAACUGCAGUAGACUUGACAUGCAAGGUUCUGCUAGAGCGAACACACGGAGCUCUCGCUUCUAACAUUUUAACGCCUUCCGUAAACCAGUUUUAGGGCGAGUCUGCUACACUUCAGUACACAAACUGAUCCUUCAUCCUGAACUCGCCUCAAUUCGGCAAAUCCUCUACAGAGGAUGCUCAAAAAUGGAUGUAGAAGGCAGUGAGAUGGGUCACUUAAGGGUACCAGAGACACAUGCGGUGGGGCACACUGCCAAAACACUGAACUGCAAUGACGUUCUGUUCUAAUUUUAAAGAGAUAGUUCACCCAAAAACACAAAUGAUGUCAUUGUUUUAUAUUCACCCUUGUGUGCAUCAAAACCUGUUUGUAACCUAUUUAUGUUUUGUAGAACACAAAAUAUAUUUUGAGAAAUGUCUCAGUGGUUUUGUGUUCAUACAAUGGAAGUCAAUGGAGAUCAGUGUUGUUUGGUUAUCAACGUUCUUCAAAAUAUCUACUUUUGUGUUCUGCAGAAGAAACUCGGACAGGUUUGAAACCAUUUAUCAUUUUUGGGUGAACUAUCCCUUUAAGUCUUUAAUAGGUGAUGUCUUACCUAAAAACAUCAUUUAAACAUAGUAUUACGAUUGUUUAUUUUAUAAAUCAAGAGUUUGUUAAAUGCAAGAUUUAACUGAGACUAUAAAUGUCUGAGUGAACUAAACAGGGUCUCGUAGGUACAGUAAUGGCUCUAUACGUAAUUCACUAUAUACAAGACAUCCCAAUCUCUCAACUCGCCCGGUGAGAUGUUGCGUAACUAACAUUUAUGCAUUUACAGUGUACACCACUGACAUGUCAUGUCAAAACACAGACUUGAAAUUAUUGGUAGUUAGGUUUGUUUAGCAUUAGAGAGCAUUAGAAAGACUUUCAGCAGUGGAUUUCAAACAAACCAGUGCAUUAAAAGUUUUUUUUCCAAGAAUACACAAAUAAAAGGCGUCUCUGGAGAAGAGAAUGGCUUGUACUUGACCGAACAAGUAUGCACAUAUUUUUAGUCUGUUUAUAAUUGAGUUGCUAUGUACUUUAAUAUUGUGCUCGUAAGUCAAUGUGUGUUUAACAUGCAUUUGCAAAUAUGCAAAGAAUCUCUUUGUGCAUCUUUAUACACUGUACAUUUCUUUACAUG